UUCUGUUUGUGAGUUUAGUCUUCAGUGGCGUACCGGCCUUCAGGAUGAGAGUGGUUCCGUUGUUUUUGUUCUUCUACGCCGUCCGCGAGUUCGGUUGUGAUCAGAUCGAAAGAAAAGUUUUCCCGAUCAAGUACGACUUGACGGUGACUCCGUACUUCGAGACAGAGUCGGAAUCUCGGUUCGACGGAAGACUGGUCUUCUCGUUCAAGCCUCUGAGACAUCACACGGCGCAGACGAUAUCGCUACACUCGGAGGGCUUGGAGAUAAAGUCGCUGGUGUUGUUGGAGACCAGCGUGGAUUCUAAAGAGCAGCUGGAAACCAACACCGAGUACGAUGAUCAGCAGCAGCUGUUAAACAUCGACACGGGGUAUCCGCUCUCAGUGGACAACACUUACGAACUUCACAUCAACUACUCAGGAAUCUUGUGGGACGAUGGUUGGGGCCUGUAUAAAGGCUUUUACGACAAUGAAGGCAAAAGGAGAUACUACACAGUGACACAAAUGAGACCGGUGUUUGCUCGCAGACUGCUACCAUGUCUCGAUGAGCCCUCGUACAAAGCUCGCUUUACCAUCAGAGUGUGGCGCCCUACUCGCUACACCUCUCUUUCCAACAUGCCACUUGUGGAUACUUCACCAAUAAAACACCACCGAUGCCAACGUUUCCUCAUCGCUCUGGCAGUAUUUGACUUCUCUUCCACAACAUCUCCUAACAAAAAGUUCUCAUCCUGGGCCAUCCCUUCCAAAGUGAACAUGACUCUACAUGGACACCGGAGAGUCGCUGCCUUGGUAGAGGCUAUGGAGUCUAUCGCUGGUUCAGCAUUUCCGAUGCCGAAACUUGAUCAACUCGCUCUUCCUCAACUCAACCCUGUGGCAAUGGAGAACUGGGGACUGAAUACUUACAGGGAGGUGAAUAUGCUUUAUGAGGAAGGACGUUCUGCACCAAAAGCGAGACAGGACAUUCCACGCUUUACUGCUCAUGAGGUGUGCCAUCACUGGGUGGGAAAUCUCGUCAGGCUGCAGUGGUGGGACUGGCUCUGGAUAUCGGAGAUGUACGCCAUGUAUUACGAAUACUACCUUCCUUCUAAGAUAGAGCCUUCCUGGAGAAUGCUGGAUCAAAUGAUUGUUGAGCUGUAUAUCCCUGGACUCCUGGAAGAUUCAUUCAACAGCUCGAGGCCACUAACUACCAGGGUGUCCUCCAACCAAGAGAUCUUGGCCAAGUUCUCAGGGGUCAUUUACACCAAAGGUCCAGCUCUAAUUCAUAUGAUCAACAAUUUCAUGACACCCUCGCGAGCUGAACAAGCCUUGAGGUUACUUCUACAGGAGAAGAAGUAUAAUACCAUUGAUCCUUCAGACCUGUGGCGGAUUUAUGAUCGGAAAGCUGAAGAUUUACCAGCAGACAUGGCAACUAUCAUGGGAACGUGGACAGACCAACCAGGGUACCCCUUGGUCACUGCUGUGGUCAACCGAUCAGACGGUUCUGUUACGUUGAGGCAGGAAAGGUUCCUCACAGAAGGAGUAUCCAGCGACUCACAUCUGUGGUGGAUUCCGAUCACGUAUACGACUGGACUGAGACCAAACUUCACAAAUGCUCCCACACGGUUGUGGCUCUCUCCUUGGAAACCAAUUACCACGGUAAAAUUGGGCCCUCGGAUCGAUUCUUGGCUGAUCUUCAACGUCCGACACAUAGGUUUUUACCGAGUAAACUACGACCACGAAAACUGGCAAAAACUGAUUGACGCACUCCACUCUGACCCUGCUGGUAUUCACGAGCUGAACCGAGUGCAGUUGUUGGAUGACAGUCUGUCUCUAGCGCGCGCUGGACGGUUGUCCUACACAGUGCCUCUUAGACUGAUGGAGUACAUGGCACGUGAAGGCUGCUACUUACCUUGGGCCGCCGUUUUACCUUCCGUCAAUUUUCUGCUGAGUAGACUCAACGGACUUCCCACCUACAAUGAUUUUAGGGAGUACCUCAGAGAACUGAUUGCUCCAACGUACGAUUCUGUGGGUUUCUAUCUGAGACCGUCAGAUCCUCACCUUCUCCAGAUGCACAGGGUACAAGUGGUCACCCUAGCUUGUUCUGUAGGUCUUCCGUCUUGCGUCACUGAGGCACAACGGCAAGAACAAUUCAUCAGUCAAAACAAAACACCUGAGAUAGCUGCAGGGCUGGAAUUUGUUCAACUGUGCACAGUGCUGGAGACUGGAGUGUCCCCAGACGACUUGUUCCAUCAGCUGACGGUCUGGGGGCCAAACGACCAGCUCAGAGCCAUGCCCUGUACUUCAAAUAAGACUUUACUGAUCAGGUAUCUGACUACAAGCCUGAUGGGGGACUCGGCUGCCGAUUGGGAAGCCAAGCUGAUGGCAGCUGUGAGCCGGCUGCCCAACGUCGAUACCGUCUUCACCCUCCUGGUAGACCGAUACUCAACUCUACUUGAACGAUAUGGUACAAAAAAUACGUCUACAUACUUUACACGAGUGGGAAGUUUGCUAACAACUAAUGCUCAACUAGCAAAGGUGGAAGCUCUGAGGGCUAAAGUGGUGAAUGAAGAAGUGACUGCGGCUUUAAGAACUGUAUCUUCGGGUCUGCUUGACCGUCUUAGGUGGAGUGAAACCCACUCCCCUACCAUCCAGUCUUGGUUGAACCAUCACAAAACAAACAAAAUAAAGAAAGUUCAAGGUUCGUUGAUAGAAUGUUUUUGAUAUUUUUGUAAAAUUUGUUUGACUGAAUAAUGAGUAAAAUUCGUUUACCCUGUUUUUGA